CAGCAGAGUCCAACGGAGCUGAAUCCAGCGGAGCAAAGCCCAGCCAGCAGGGAGCAAGACGUGGGAAUACCCAUGGCUCCAGUGAUGCAGGAACUGCCUCAUGUGCCUGAUGCUGCUCCUGCUCUGCAGAGACCCGGGUGUGGGUGCCGAGCUGGAUCAGAACUUCAAGCUGCAGCAGCCCCAGGACAAGGUGCUGGUGACAGCGGGAGAGACGCUCACCCUGAACUGCACCAUAUCCGGACUGGCUGAACUGGGUCCUCUGAUGUGGCUGAAGGGCUUGGGCAGUGGGAACAAGACCGUCUAUGGCCAGACAGGGGACUCCUUACCCCGUGUGACGAGAGCAGUGGUUGGGUCCAACACAGACUUCAGCAUCCACAUCAGGAACGUUGAGCCUGAGGACAUGGGCACCUACUACUGCGUGAAGUUUGCCACGACAGUCACUGGUGUGGAGGAGGUGCUUCAGCAUGGAAAUGGCACAGAGGUGUCUGUGCAAGCCAAACCCAGCCCCCUGCUCGUGUCCGGGCCUGAGCAGAGAGCGAUGCCGAGGCAGUCGGUGCCUUUCACCUGCACGACUGGAGGGUUCCUUCCCAAAGAAAUUGGGGUGAAAUGGUUCAAGAACAAGGACCCCAUGACGGCUCAGCCACCUCAGGUCACCGAAGAGCCGGUGAAAUCCUACAGAGUGUCCAGCACAGUGAUGGUGACCCUGCAGGAGGAUGACGUCCGCUCGCAGCUCAUCUGUGAGGUGCAGCACUCCACGCUGCCGGCCCCGCUGCGUGGGACGUACCAGCUCAGCAGGACCCUGCGAGUUCCCCCCAGUGUCGAAGUGCGUGCUGAGCCGAGCCCCGUCGAGGUGAACAAGACCGUGACCUUCAUCUGCCACAUGAAGGAGUUUUACCCAGCAAAGAUGUCUGUGUCCUGGCUGGAGAAUGGGAUUAAGAUAAAGGAGGAGAACAUCUUUCGGCCAUUGGAGCUGCCCCGGGGCUUGUUUGAGCUGAAAUGCCAGGUGGAGGUGCAAGCAACAGAGGAGAAAAAUGGGUCCACAAUCACCUGCGUGGUGGUGCACAAUGCCCAGGCCCCUGUCAACUACUCAGCUGUCCUGUGGAUCUCCAACCCGGCCCAGGGGGGACUGAGUAAGGGGUCCCAGAUGGAUAAGGGUGCGAGCCUUCUGUCCAGCCUUGGCCUCCUGUGGGUUUGUAUCCUCCUGGAGAAGGGGCUCCUCGGUGGUCUCCUCUUCUUCCUCUUCAAACGCAUGAAGAGAAGAGCACAGGAGCUGUUGCCCUAUCCUGCUCCGUCUCAGUCCCUGCCUCCUCGAGCCGGGUCCCAGGGCUUGGCCACCGCCAGCACUGUCAUGUGAACGUGGAAAUAAACAAAUGCAGAGGCUGCUGUGCGCUGCUCCGUGUCACACAGCCCCUGCCUGUGGCCUUACA